ACGGUAACCAAAAAUAACCACCCUUCGAAGCAUAUGCGUCGUGUCGGGUGUAUUAGCUUUAAACUGAGUUGAAAAAUGAACGUCCCCGUGGUUUUUGUGGAUUUGACAUUAGAAGAGCAGGCAGUCGAGCUGAGAGUAUAUCUGAAAUCCCUCGGGGCUGAGAUUUCUGCUGAAAAAAGCCCAAAAGGUAUCGAGGACGAUCUUCACAAGAUAAUCGGCGUUUGUGACACGUGUUUCAAAGGUACGGAAAACGAAAUAGAAUGCGUUCUCAACUCCAUUGUUUCCAUUCUUGUCCUUAUACCCGUAGACCGGACGGAAAAUUUGAUAUUGGCAUUUUGUGAGAAGCUGACGAAGGCGAAGGGACAAGUUCUGGGGGAGAUAGCCCUCAGGGUCCUUUGGCUUCUCUUUCAAAGCCUGGACGAGAGAAACCAAAUGAGGUACCAUGUUUAUUAUCAUUUGGUCCAGGUCGCCAAGCCGAUCAAUCAGAUCAGGGCAAUUUUUGGCGGAGUCGAUGAGCUCAAACAGCAAUUUUCAUCAUGCCCUCCUACAAGAGAUCAGAUGCAGAAGCUUCUCAGGCUACUCCAUGAAGUGCUUUUGAGUUGCAAAGAAAGCGAACUCGCUGCGAAAGUUAUGAUGGAGCUACUUGGCACGUAUACGACAGAAACGGCCUCGCAUGCCAGGGAAGAUGCUCAAAGGUGUAUCGCUGCAGCUUUAGCCGAUCCGAACACAUUCCUCCUGGAUCCCUUAUUAGCUUUGAAACCUGUAAAGUUUCUCCAGGGUGAUCUUAUCCAUGAUCUUUUGAAUGUAUUUGUGUUUGAAAAACUCUCGGGUUAUAUAAAAUUUUAUGACGAGCACAAAGACUUUGUCCAUUCCAUCGGACUCGACCACGAGGCGAACAUGCAGAAAAUGCGCCUUCUCACUUUCAUGCAACUUGGCGAGAGCUGCCCAGAAAUGUCGUUUGACACGAUAACGAAAGAAUUGAUGAUCCCCGAAGAAGAAGUUGAAGCGUUCGUGAUUGAUGUACUCAAGACAAAAUUAGUCCGAGCCAGGAUGGACCGUGCUGCAAGAAAAGUGCACAUUUCUAGUACUAUGCAUCGAACGUUCGGACCCGAACAGUGGGAAGCUCUGAGAAACACCCUACGGACCUGGAAGACUAAUCUUGCCCAAAUGCAAUAUAGUAUGGGCACUAUCCUUAAUAAAGUUCAACAUGGGUGAAUUCUUUUGUAUUUUUAUGUAUUAAAGUCAUUUUUCACUAUUAA